CCUCUUACCACCAACUCCACUUUUUCACUAUCACGCUAUCCGCCCUCUUUACUCUCGAAAUGGCUGUGAAAAAGGCUUCGUCCUCUGAUAAAGGCUCUAAAUCCGCUCCAUCUCAUCCUCCGUAUAUCGAUAUGAUUAAAGAAUGCAUUGCUGAUCACCGCGAGGAAGCCAGAAUUGGUGUUUCUCGCCCCCAGAUCAAGAAAUACAUCGAAGAGAAGUAUAAGAUUGAGAUUGGUGCCGCACAGAACACGCAAAUAUCGAGGGCAAUCGCUACAGGAAACGACAAAGGAUUCUUUGUUCUACCCAAAGGCGCUUCUGGUCGAGUGAAGCUUGCGCCCAAGAACAAAUCACCUGAGUCCUCUGUACCAAAGGAGAACAAACCAGUUGCCAAACCAAAGCCUACCACUGCCAAAAAACCUGUAAUCAAGGCACCCGCUUCCAAGACUUCCACUACUAAGGCGACUGCGACGUCCACAAGGAAAGCGCCUAAAGCUGUCGCAACCAAGAAGCCUGUAGUCAAAGCUGCUGCCCCCAAGACUGCCGCCACCAAACCGGCCCAAAAACCGACUGUCGCCAAGAAAGCACCGACCACCGUCAGGAAAGCACCGACCAAAGCUGUACCGGCGAAAAAGCCGGUAGCUAAGGCUGCCACGGCAAAGAAACCCGCCAUUCAGAAAGCCUCCGCGACUGCGAAGAAGGCUGUCACGGGCACCACUUCUACAACCAAAGCCAAAGCCGCUGCUGCCAAGGCAAAACCAUCUACCACGAAAGCGAAGACCUCUGCCAGUAGAGCUAAGGCUCCAGCCAAAUCAGCUGCUCAGAAGAAGAGAUCUUAAAUAUUUCCCACAUACUUGUCUUUGCUCUUGAUCUUUAUUCGUACUCUAUUACAUGCAUUAGAGGUUCUCGUUUGUAUUAUUUCUUCCAUCCAAAGGCGCCCGUGUACUACGUCCUCUUUGCAGUUUCUUUUUCCUAGUCGUAGGUCUGCGGCGUCCCUACAUUCCUAUUUAUACACCACAAUCUGUGAUAUACGUUGUUUUGGUUCAUUACUUUACUCGUUAAUUGUAACCCUCACAAAUGUAGGAUGUACAUAUUAUCCGUUGGUUCUUGAGAUUUUACCAGCGUGCGACAAUAUUAACGUGCGAAGGC